CCUCCAUCCAUCCAUCCUUUGCCCUUGGCUCAAGGCCUCGGCCCUGGUCUUCCAUGACGGGGCGGCGAGCGUCUACGGUGCCGCUUCCUAAUUGGUUAAUUAGCACGUCUGAGAAGAAAGAGUGAAAGGGGUACCGGGUUUGCCCUCGCUGUCUUCGUGGCUGGAAGUUGACAAGUGUCACAUUCGACUCGAAGAAGAAUCCGCGAGUGCCGUGUUUCAACUGUGUUGGCUACUGUUGCCAAUGUCUUUUCGCGGUGGCCUACCCUGUGCUUGUGUUGUGGUGAGGCUCGUGGUGCACUAGUUUAAAGAACGGUGGUUAUAUUCCUUUUAGCUGUUGCCCACUUUGUGCGAAGUGCUUUUUCCACUGUGACGAACUUGUUUGCUGUUCGGCUGGAUUGAAAGGAUGACCUCUCGUGUGCGCGAGAUGCGCAAGAAUUUUCAGGGUUCCAAGAAUGAUGUCAUUGUCGUUGAGCCAUGUGAGCAGUCUGUGGCGUCGGCCCGGGCGGCUGUGCUAGUGUACGAUGACCACAACAAGAAGUGGGUGCCCAGUGGCUCUUCGAGCGGCCUCUCCAAGGUGCACAUCUACCAACACACGGUCAACGGCACUUUCCGCAUCGUGGGCCGGAAGCUGCACGACCAUGAGGUGGUGAUAAACUGUGCCAUCCUCAAGGGCCUCAAGUAUAGCCAGGCAACGGGCACGUUCCACCAGUGGCGCGACAACCGCACAGUCUACGGCCUCAACUUCAGCAGUAAAGAUGACGCCGACAACUUUGCCGUUGCCAUGCUGCGGGCCAUCGACAUGCUCAACCAAAACAGUUCGACAGGGCCAAGGGUACAGCAGGCACCGCCUCCGGUACCCCAACAUGCGUCGCAGCCCAUCUAUCAGACCAUUGGCAGUGUCGCUCAGCAAGAAGACACAGAUCACCAACGAAACUGGCAAAAUCAGCAACCUGUCCAUUACAUGGCGACAAAUGCAAUGGGCAGUUCCAGCCACCCAGCGACGCCUGCAAGUGGCCCGCCCCAGGCUCCGCCCCUUCCGCAAGCCCCGCCUCAGAUGCCUCAACAAACGCAGCCCAAUGCCAUCAUGGGACACCACCGGACGUCAUCUGCACCGGGAACCAAUGGCGGGGCACCUCCCCCGCCACCUCCAGGGGGAACUUCAGGCAUGAGCGUGGCAGUGGGCGCCGUGGGGCCACCGCCUGCUCCGGCGCCGCCCCCGUCGGGAGGCGUGACCUCUGGGGGAGCCCCUCCUCCUCCCCCACCCCCGCCUCCCCCUGGGGGCAGCCAGGGCCGGGAAGACGACUCGGCGCCCCUGUCCCUCGCGACGGCACUGGCAAACGCGAAGCUCAAGAAGACCUCCAACAAGAUAUACGAAGGCACAGACACGCUGAAGAAGUCGCAAGGGAGUGGGGGAGUGCCCAUGAUGGGCAUGGCCAGCAUGAUGGACGAGAUGAGGGGCACCCUGGCCAAGAGACGAGCACAAGUGGAAAACAGCCACAGUCAGGAGGCUGAGUCGUCAUCAGAUUCGCGGAGAACGUGGGACAAGCAGGGUUCGACCAAUGGCAACAGCCCCAGCAAAGUGGCUGGCAGCGGUGCCGAGUCACCAAAGUCAGGACGCGGGCAGCGCAUUGGGUCGCUGGGUGACGCAGACGUCAUGAAGGUGAAUGGUGUAGACUUGCUCGACAUGGACAAGCUCAAGCAGGAGAUCAUGUCCGAAAUCCGCCGCGAGGUCAGCAAGAUGAAGCAGGAAAUCAUUGAGGCUAUCAAGGUCGAAUUAAACCGGAGAUAAGGACUGCAAACCUCCUGUUCUUCUGUCUGCUGCCAUUCGGUACGAGACUUGAAACGUCGUCGUACGCAUCUCCAUUUUCUCUACAAGUCGCUACCGCCAAAAAUAUCGAUCGACGCGCCAUUGGAGCAACGAGGGACGAACAGACAUUUUUUCGUGCCGAGGAUCACACAUCUUUUCUUUCUCUUUUACAAUGUUUUUAGCAAAUGAUUCUUUGACAUACUUUUUUAAUGCGCGAGAAAUGUAAGGAUUAAAUGUGCAGUGAUGCAUUUUGUUUGUCAUGCAUUUGUGCUUGGUGGCCCCAUCAGAUGCCUGUACUCGUUGUAGCGUAGUCGCCAUGCACAGAUUUAACGUUGCAAAGUGUUUUAUCAUUUGUUAUGACAUACUGCUGCUGCAUUGGUGCAUGUUUUUUGUGAGGAUGACUUUGAACGUCGGGGUCAUUCUCAAGGUGUGUUCUGAUUUGCACAUUGGGUGGGAUGCGUUGGGAAGUCUUUGUGCAGUUUACAUGUGUUACUUAGAAGUCCACUUUUGUUUCGUAGUCUUUCCUUUCUUGUUUCUAGCCUAACUGUAUCCUUAGAAUGACACUGAGUAAUAACGAUAUCGCAAUGCUAUUCGUUCCACUUCGUAAAUUAUGAUUGUAGUUUGGUGAUCGCAUUUGUGUUUCUCAACAUGGUAUUUGCAGAGAGUGUUUACCUUCACCGAGGCACAUGUCAGCUUCAACCUCAAACUUUUGUUUAAUGUUAACGGUAGCGGCAAGCAUAAAAGAAUAAAGUGUCAGCUUCCAGAGCGCAAUGUGUCAACAAAAAGAAUAAAGUGUCAGCUUCCAGAGCGCAAUGUGUCAACAAUAGCGGCAAAGCCUCUUUAAUGUUUUCAAGCUAGUUGCUCAGUACUCUGGGUAGUUCGGGGUGUCCUCACACAACUCGCCCUACUCGCCGGUGAAAGGGAGAGAAAUUCGUUCUUUCCAUUAACUCUGUGGAAGGGAUUUUUCAUGGAGGGUGUUUUCAAGGAGUACAUUUCAGAUUUACUCUCAUGGUAGAAGGGAGUUGCCAGAGGUUGUUUUGGAGGAGUACCUUUUGGAUUUACUCCUACAGUCGAAGGGAGUUAUCAUAGGGGGAUGUUUUCAGGAGUAUGCUUUGUAUUUACUCCCACAAUGCCCCAUUUUCUACUUAGAGACAUCAAUCUGGAUAGAAGGCGCGCGUGCAGGAGCAUUCCUAGCUGGUGUCGCGCGAUUUCUAGAAUGGCGCAUGAGAGAGUGACAGAGGACGCAGGUACUUCGUAGUACGCUGUGGAUGGGGUUUUCAAUUCUUGCCUUACAAAUGAAGACGCCUUUUUUACAGGAUAUUGAAGGCUUUUUCUGUGCAUGUUUGUACUCUUUGGAGACGACGUAAUGCUCGGUGGUACUCUUGUCCCUAGCUGUCAGUGUCGCAGUUUCUUGUGUGCGGACGUGCAACAAUCCCUGCGUGAGCCAGUAUUGUGUGUACUACUGCGUAAUUGUAAGACGAAUUGCCGACAGACUUAAUUACUGCGGGGCUGGAGGGUGAUGCAGUGUGGUGGAGCCUUUUUCUUUUUCUCUUGCACUCCCUUGUGAAGGACCUCUAAUGUGUCGAGUCUGUGAUGUUUAUAGUGAAGAGGAGUACAAUUUCUUUGUGCACUUAAAACACAACUUGGUAUUUGCUUCUUGUGUGUGUGUGUGUGUGCAUGUGUGUGUGUGUUAAGAUUGUGAUUGAGCUCUCUCGUUUCGCAGGAGUUAGGAAUACAGUUUUGCAUGAGAAAUAUUGUAUCAAACUUUAAUCUUUUAUUGUAGUCCUAGCUUUUUGAGAACUGAUGACACAUUUCGUUUUACGCUAUCGUUUUUUUUUCUACCUUUUCACACCAAAGGCCGUUCUUGCUGUGCAUGUUGUUGGAUGUUGUGUGGGUGAGGCUCUGUUUCUAGAGAUGUCUGGUUGCUUGCCACAUGUUCAAUUGCAACAACAUUGGAUUAGCGGUAGUGAUUCGCAGCUACAUGACGAUGCGCCAGUGUUUGUUUUGCGAACGGUAUGUCCCUCAGUGCCAUUCAUAAGAUUCAAAGUUAUGCAUAUGCAAGCCUGCGAUGCCGAGGUGUUGAAUUUUCAAAUGCAGUGCUGUUUAGAGCAGCAAUACUUAGUGUCUCCACAUUUAUUUAGUAUGAAGUUGGCAGUGCACGAUUGGCAGAUGCACUUGCAAAAUGUUUGCUGCUGCUCAGUGAUGACGGCUUUCCUGAGCUUUCGUAAAAAAAUUGAUUUUUCUUAUAAUUUUCAAAACUAAGGGAAACGCUCAGUACACCAGCAAAUUUUAAUAACCUCGUCCUCUGAAAAUUUAUAGUUUAAAAUAUAGCCUUUUGUAGCCGUCGCGCAAGUCCACACAAUGUCUCUCUACAAUUUGAUCUGCUACGCUUGGCUGAAAUUUUCGAGCACGCCUCGUACUGUGUGAAACUGCACGGGGCAUUCUCUAGUCUCACAGAAAGUGGACAAACAUGUUUUUCAAAAUCAUGGAGCCACUCUGACAGAUUUGCCUGUCUGUUGGCAUAAAGAAUUCUUGAAACAUCAGUAGGGGCACCGUCUGCUUGAAAAUGUUUAAACUUUGUCUCUCAUGCGUCGAGGUUUGCAGAAAGUGAACUGCAAUAUGUCUGGCAGCACUGUGGAACCUAUUAAGAGCCUGAUCUGGCAGCAUCGAGCAUCGUUUCAAUCCAUUCUUUGUGCAUGAUAUAAGAAUAGAUAGGCAACCCGUCAGUGCUCUCUUGAAGUGGCAGUUCUAGAAGUGGCAGUUUUGUUCUUGCGACUUGGCCUUGCAGCGUUGGCUCGUUUUUUUUUUUUCCUGGCACACUCGUUUCAUAUUUAUUUCUGGAAAAGGGAGUUCUAGUUCAGUUGGUUAUCUCUUGCUGGUCAAGACGAGUGGAGGUCUGGAGUAUCCGUGUGUGUUGUACUGUAAGGUCAAAGGAAUAAGCGAAAAAGAGAGAACGAGGGAAAGAAAUGUUACGAAAUCUGUAAGGUGUGACUUUGGUAUGAAACAACUCGUGAUAUACCAGAAUUCUGCAAGCUGCGAAUCUAGGGUGUGUUCGUGACAUACUGUUUGUAAAAACGUGAAAAAAAAUUUACACACUGAUCUCUCUUUUUUUUUUCUUACGUCCAAGUGUUGCUGGUGCUGUACUGUAUCGAAUAGCAAGCCAAAUUUGUACAUAUAGGCGACUGGGAGACAGUUUUCGAUGUACUAGUAGGAUUACUUUUGUUCUCUAAUUCAGUGUUAAGUAUUAUGAUCCCUUUGUUUGUUUUUUUCACUUUUCUGUGUUCCUUUAGUAUUGAGAGUUUAGGUAUUAUGUAUUCCUAGAAUGGCUUUUUCUGGCCUUUUUUUCUAGCCGCACAAGUUGUACUGGCUAUCGUCUGUUGAACGUCUAUUUUGUUUCGCUGCCAACGAACAUGUCUUUGCAGGAAUGCAAGUUGCAUACCCCACUUGGCCUAUCUUCAAAUGUUCCUUCGGACUUAAUUUAUUUUUAGAAACGACAAAUGGGUUAUCUAAAGUUCUUUUAAUUGCACAGUACAUUGACUGGACACCAUUUCGAUAAACGAGCAGUUGUCAAUAGGCUUCAACAAUUCUACUACGCAGCGUUGCGUGGCAGUGUUGCAACAUUUUGAAGUUCCUGUUUUUGCAGUUGCCUUCUUCUUCUCUACUUCUUGACCUAGUGCUGAUGUUGUUUGUUUCUCUGUUUCGUUUGUUGCUUUGUAGUCAAAACUUCUCUGCUUCACCCUGUGCGAAAGGAUUACAGUCUAGUUUGGACGCCACAAUUUCGAUAUCUUGACUCGCUGGUCCUUGCAAUAUCAUGAUGUUCCUGCUAACUAGACACACCCUUUCUACAUCGAUAUCAAAACACUUUUUCUGUGGCAUAAUACUAGAACCUGUUCCUCCUUUUUAUUUUGUAAUUGCUAAAUUUAGCAAAAAAUGGUCUCUGCUUAUGUAUGAUGCAUUUAGUUAAAAAGUUCCGUUACUCUUGCCUAGUUCAACCAUGCAUUCGUCUAGUUCGAACAUGUGUUUGUGCUAGUUUCGUCUUCCUGGCCUUGUUAACUUAUUGUUUUUUGCUCCAGCAAGCGAUAUACUGUGCUAAAAAAAAAUAUUAGGGUCGGGCGUUGCGUGCUUGGAGUAUCUUUCUGUCGCUACGUCUGUCAGCUAUCUUGCAAGCCUUUUCUGGCAUUAUCGCCACGUUCUGGAACUUCCAGGUCACAAACCACGUGCGUGCUAUCAUUGUGACAGUAUUCUAGAGGUAUAAGCAGGCCAGGUGAUGGUGAUUGCUUUGCAACAGAAUUAUGUUCCAAGUACGACCUCCUUUUGGAGUGCACGCUUAUUAUGAAGUUCGUCUUUUCCUCUAUGUUCAUCUGGAGUGAUUAAUGUGUUAUGUUAAUUUACAUUGUUUCUGGGAGUGUCACUUUUGUUUAGCUUGCAGUAUAUUUAUUCUAGUUCCCGGUUUAAAGGAUGCGUAUAUUGUGACUCUGUUAGACACUGUUGCAGAAGAAGGAAUAUAGUUUUAGAGGCUUGCCUACAUUCCUGUUUUUGAAGAAAUAUUGUUUUUGAAUACCCGGUUCAAUGAUAGGAUUUUUUUCACAUGUAUGAUGUGAAGGCCCAGGGUUAUAUGUAAAUUUUUUACUAGGCAAGCUUCUUAUUUGCUUUUCUGCCCAGUCUUCUUUGUCUGUUCAAAUAAUUGUACUCUGCUUUCAUGGUUGUAGGCUUCAGCAAACAUGCUUUCUCACUUUUUGUUUGUUCGUUCUUUUUUUUUUUAACGAGAAAUGUUUUAAUUGCGUGAGUUGUUUGGCUGAGCUCAAUAUCCAACACAUUGUAAUGAGCCUUUUUUUAUGCUGUGUGUAUGCAAUGUCCUUUCUACUGCAUUAUUGAAAGUGAAACCUGAAUGAAUGUUUUUCAAAUGUCCUCACUGGGACAAAUUAGCCAGUUUUGCUCUUUAGAUGCACGUUUUGGAAUGUUUGCAUUUUGGGACAACUUUCGGUAUGUCUGUCGACUUGCCCCACAAAUCGAAUGAUUAUAAUGAUUGUGCAUGUGGGCACAGCUUCUACGAAGCGGUGCGCAGCAAAGGCUUUUGACUACCAAAAAAAGCCAUGUCGUCCCGUUAGACUGUGCGUCAUGCUGAAGUGAAUGAAAUUUUCACGACCAGCCGAUGUAUUUAUGAACCCGAUGGCACAAGUGUGUCCCAUUGGUACAAGUUCAUCUGCUAUGCCGAGUGUUCUCUCUGGGUUCAGUUAAUGUUCAUCUGGCAAAAUGUGUCAUAGUUCACCGUUUUCAGGCGAUCGAUUCGGCAUGCCGGUUAGUUACCUUGCAAGGAGUUCCGGCAUCACAACGCAUCAAAUUGUCGCAAAUAUUUAACUCUAUUUUAAUUGCUUUGAGGCACAAGUAUUUUAGAUUUUUACACUGUCUCGCACUUUGAUGUUGUUCUGUCCUUUUAAUUUUCUCGCCUCAUUUGUUCAGAAUUGUCGUGAUGCCAUUUUAUCAUUCAAGUAGGUUGAUGUCCCGGCUGCUUUUAAACAGUCAACAGAAUUUUGUUCGUUCUGCCAGCUUGCCCCGUGUGCCAGUUAUGUUUUCUUUUCUUUCUUGCAAUUUUCGUUACUGUGUGUUGGAUUGUAAGACAAGUUUUUUUAUCAAACACAUGUGGAGAUACAGUGCAUAAAGAGUGCGAAUAAACAUUCAAAGAUAUAAA